AUGGGAGAGCCGGGAUCGGCGAUGCGGCGGCGGACCCGGAAGUGCUGCGGCGGCGGCUGUGGCACCUGCUGCGGGCUCGCUCCGCCCGGCCCGGCUCGCCUGAGGGGUUCCUAUGGCAACAGCGCCUCCGGCCACCUCCCCGCCGCCGGCGGAGACCUCCUGAGGCGGCAGCGGACCCCGUGCGGUGAUUCCUGGUGUCCGUCAUGCAUCAACGAUGAAAUGACUUCAGUUUCUGCACAGAACGCACUGUCCAGAAGAUCCAAAACCGUUUCAAUAAGUCAAAAGCACAAGCAGAAAGUGAAGGGGGAUACUGUGAAUGUGUGUCGAAGUGUUCGGGUGAAAACGAAAGCCCCCUGGGUACCCCCAGGCAAAACAUCUGUCCGGGAGCCCACCUGCAAAUGGGAGGGCCCAGCUCACCGCCUAGAAGUUGCACCUCCAGAUUCAGACAAAACUAUAUCAAUGUUGCACCUGAGUGACCUCUCUGCAGAUGAGGAGGAUGACGUUUGCUGCAGAAUGAAUGAACAUGAAAAGAAGAUAAAUAGCCUCAUAAAUGCAGUGGGAAUGAUGAAGGAGGCCAAGCUGCAGGAAAAAGAAAAACACAAGGAACUGACAAAGCGUCUCCUGCAGGAGCAGAAAGAACAACUAAACGAAGUCACACAAGAGCUGGUAGAAACGGAGCAUGAGAAUACACUGCUCAGGCACAAUAUGGAGCGCAUAAGGGAAGAGAAAGACCUGACUAUACUAGAGAAGAAGUACCUGCAGCAUGAGAAGGAGUGUUUGUUGUCCAAGCUGAGUGAGGCAGAAAGGGAUGCAUCAGCAGCAGCCAGGCAGAUCCGUGACCUGGAAAAUACAAUUGGGAGACUCAACAUUGAGAAGCACAUGAGCAGCUCAGACAUUAACGCACUGACAAGGCAAAAAGAACUUCUGCUCCAGAAAUUGACCACCUUUGAAGAAACCAACCAGAAGCUGCGACAGCUUCUCAAAGAGCAGCACAGCAAGGAGAAGGAUGCUCAGAAGUUAAUGGUGCGGCAAAAAAUACUUCUGAAAAGGCUGUCUGACUCGGAUGCAGAGAAUGUGCAACUUCAGAUGAAGCUUCAGGAGAAAGAAAAAGAAAUGGAGGGUCUUGCCAAUCUCGUACAGGCAGGAAAGAAUCUGGAGCAUGCUGAAGCUCAGCAUAAGGCAGAGAUGGAACGUAUCAUGAAACAGCUGAAAGAAGUAAAGCAGAAGGCAGAACGUGACAAAGAGGCCCUGAAGAAAGCCCUCCGUGCACAGAAAGAGUGGGCAGAGCGGAGUGCAGAGUAUAGAGCGCAACUGGCUGCCCAGCUAUCAGAAAAGGAUGAGUAUGUUGCUGAGGUGCUGUCUAGUCUGGAGACCUGGAAGAACCGCCACGAUAGAGCAAUAAAGGACAAGACUGACCUCGAACUGGAGAUUGUUACACUGACCAGUCGUCUUGCAGACAUUCUGGAAGAGCAGGCAACUCAGGAGGACAAGGUGCGGGAUGUCAGAGAUGUGGUGCCGGAUAAAGUGCAUCGACAGAGUUCAGAGACCUCUAAUUUAAAAAUGGAGAAUGAAAGACAAAAGGCUAGUAUGACCUCACUGGAGGAAAAGCUGAAGCAAGCACAGGCUGAAGUGCAGCAGCUGCGAAUAUCUGUCAAAAACUAUGAAGGGAUGAUUGAAAACUACAAAUCACAGGUAUUGAAGAAUCAAAAGGAAGCAGAAGAUGCUGCAGCAAAACUGGAGAAGUUUGGUAAAGAGAACGAGACACUAAAGGAAGAAAAGAAUAACCUGAUGGAUCUGUCAUACAAGCAGCUGCAGAGCAGACUUGCUGAAAUGGAGAAGCUGCCUGAGAUCCUCAAGAUGAAAGAAUCACAGAUAGCAGAAUAUAGAGAGCAACUUAAGAAUUCCGAGAAGAAGAAUGCUGAACUGUCUGUCCAAAUUUCAAAUCUUCAGCAGCAGAUUGAGCUCCAGGGGGACAAAAUGGAGGUGACACGAGAGAGGUGUCAUUCUGCCCAGGAGGACAAAAAGCAGCUCACCUUGAAAGUGGAAGAGCUAGAAAGAAAACUAGAGUCAACGAGUGCCCAGAACAUAGAAUUCCUUCAGGUCAUAGCAAAACGGGAGGAGUCGAUCCACCAGUGCCAGCUGCGGCUAGACGAGAAGACCCGGGAGUGUAGCUCCUUGGCACGUCAGCUGGAGAUGGCCAUUGAGGAUGCCAAAAGACAAGUGGAACAAACCCGAGAACGAGCAAUGGCAAGAGAGAGGGCGGCCCAGUCCAAGAUGUUGGAUUUGGAGACCCAGCUGAGUAGGAAUAAAACAGAAAUGAACCAAUUGCGUCGGAGCAAAGAUGAUGCAGAGCACCGCUAUGAAAGCCAUCUGCAGGACUUAAAGGAUCGGUUGGAACAGUCAGAGAGCACCAACCGCAGCAUGCAAAACUAUGUCCAGUUCCUCAAGUCUUCUUAUGCCAAUGUGUUUGGAGAAAGUGCCUUGCUGGGCUCCCUCAGCCACUCUCGUUCUUCUCCAUGAGGGCAAUGCUCUCCUUGAACCUCUGCUUUUAAGCACAAAAGGAGCCCUGUUUCAAAGCCAUAUGUUAGAAAGUAGGUUGGCAUUUCAGGGUUGCUGUCAGGAGACAUCUUCCUAUUUUCCUUGCAGCAUGGGAUGAUAAAGUGAUGGUGACAUAUAUCAUAAAUGUAGGAUAUCAGCAAUAGAUGAGGUUGCCAUCACACCAUAAACUGUGCCCCAAACCCAGAUUUUUUUGCACAUGAUGGAAAAGGUCCUUUUCAUCCUGCAAAGUUCUGAUGGUUUCAGCUCUUAAAACCUGUCAGCGGUUUGUUGAGUGUGUUGAUGUUUAUAACAGCUCCUUUCCUUCUCAUGCUUUGUUUUUCAUUCUGUUCAUCAGGGAGAUCAUGUGGGGUUCUUUAUCUUGGGGGGGGGGGGUGUUUAUAUUUUUUUUAAACUAUUGAACAUUGUAUUGCUGCACUGGGUGACAAGAUGGUGGGAGAGAGUUCACCCACCAGAAGUGUGAAGCUGAAAAUAACUGAAGUGCCUGAGCUCUACACUUCUAAGAGGUUAUUUCCUCAACAGCCACAGUGUUUGUGAACAGUUUUGUACCAGAAAUAACGAUUUGGGUUUGGGUUUUUUUUCACUCCCUGAGCCUCACCUUUUUUUCUGCGUGUGAUGCUGCUGUUGCUUUACUCCUCUUGCCCUGAUUUCCUCAUCCUGAAUAUCCCCAGGACUGAGCCAAAACCAUCUGACUUCAAACGAAAGGUUGUGGUUUAACCUUAGUGGCACUUCAGUGAUGUGAAUACCACGUGAGUUCAGGGUGUGCAUGAAAUACUGAUUUGCUCUUAAGCCAAUUAAAGAGCAGCUUUGGAUACUCAACUCCUUUAUCAACCUAGUCUGCAUCUUCCCCUGGAAAAUCAGGUCUUCCAUGUGUGAAGUCCCUAAGAUUCAUAUGCUCUCUGGUGUCCUGUUCUUUCCAGUGAAUGGUUCUUAUGGGGACAAAGUUCAAAACUAUGUUUAGCUCCUUUUUUAAGUCCUAUUUAUGUGCGAUGUGCUCAUGAUCAGUAUUUGCUGUCAAGCUGUGUGAAGUUAAUUUUUUUCGACAGUUCUGUAAUUGUGUGUGUAUUUAACACUUUCAAAAACCUAAAGGUGCUCUGGUAGAACAAGCAAUAAACUACAUUUGAAUUGGUAA